AUGCGGAAGAAAGGACUGUGGGGGUUGCGUUUUGUCCUGUUCCAAUUCGCUCUUGUCAAUGCUUUCCUACCGAAUGAAACAUUCGAUGAAACUCAGUAUUAUGCUCACAGAUUUGACAUCCGAGAAGCUGGAAAUGGAACUGAAACUACAUAUCUAAUAGCAGCAGAAUCUAGAGAUGAUGCCGUUGAGAAGUUCUCGGUUUUAUCUUCAAACUGCUCAUUGCUCAGCGAAGUGGAAGAAUACUCUUGUAAAUUAGAUGACAAAUUCUGCAAAUAUUACAAUUAUCCCAACUACAAGACAUACAAAUUCCAACAAAACGCUUGUGAAUGCAAUGUGGAUUCCUGUGAUAGUGAAACUAAUUCAACCAAAAUGAUUCUGUACCCGGGAUGUUUUUGUGAACACAGAGAAGAGCAAUGCGAUUUCCGGACUGAUAAUUGCCCCCAAUGGACGGAACAAAGCGAUCAUAAAGAAUUGAAAUUCAAAAUUUAUCCAGCGAAAACUCUCAGCUAUUUUCAAAAGUUCAUCCAAGCGGGUUCAGCAACAGCUCUUCUUAACCGAAAUAAGAUUUCCAUGAUCAGCAGUUUUCCCUUCCGCCAGAGUGGUUUUAAUUGCUCUCUGAAUUUCAUGCAUCACUUCACUUAUCAAUCGUCAUCUUCUCGACUUGUAGUGAGAGUUUUGCUGAAAAAUGGACAGAACAGAACACUUUAUGAAUACACACACAAACCAAUAAAACCCCUCUGGGUGCACACGACAGUCGGAAUUGGAUCCUUCUCUGAACCUUUUCGAGUAUCAAUCGACUGCGAAACAGGAUCAACGAAAAAGAAAAAGACCAAACAGAAAGAUAAAGUGUUCGCCUGCGGGCUGGCCAACAUACAUUUUGAUGACUGUAUGGAUAUUCGGGACCCCGUCGAAAAAUGCUCUCGUGGUGAUCAGUUCUUAUGUUCGACACCUGUGAACACAAAAUGUUUGACUGAUGCUCAAUGUGAUUUGAAAUCAGACUGUGUUGACGGAUCGGAUGAAAUGGAAUGUGGAUCCGUGACUGGAACUAUGUGUAACUUCGACAGUUCUGAUGGAUUCUGUGAUGGAUGGUUACAAACCACUAGAAUAAUUGGUCCUCAACAGAUCAAUGAUCCGAAUUCAGCUACUCCACUGAACAAAUUCGAUGAACCUCUAAGUUAUCUUCUGAGGAAAAGAAUGUCUUCACCUUCGACUCUUCGAGAAGCGAGAAGAGGGUCUGGACAGAUGCUUGUUUAUGAUUAUGAUUCAGUAGCCAUGUUGUCAAGGCGAAUUUCUGUUCUACAAUCACCUGUUUUUCCGAGAACAAAUCCACUUGCCUACGAUAAAAAUAGUCAUCUGUUCGAGACGUGCACACUUCGAUUCUUCGUUUGUUCCCGAACCUAUCAUAAAACUUGGGAAAUCGCAAUAAUCUCAAAAGCUGGAAAUCCGUUUGACAGUGGAACCACGACACUUUAUGAGGGGACGUAUGAUCCCACUCAUCCUGAAGACUCUGGAUGCCGAUGGGAGCGAGUUCUAAUCAGGGUUCCCAGACAGAACGCUGGAUUCCGGUUGGGUAUUUUCGUGAACAACUUCCCGCGUAACGAUUUCUUUGCUAUCGAUGACCUGUCAUUCAGUCCAACCUGUUUUGAAAAAUCUAUCAACCAAUCAACAUGGGAAAUCCCUGACCUCACUGUUUCCACCUGCGGAACAUCUGGAUCUGAUAAACCACUGAGUUGUGGAAGGGAUCGAGAACUAGAUGGACAGACCGGUCAUUUCUUGAAGGAGGAUGGAAGUCAAGAAUGGACAGUUCCAGUUGAAGGGUUUUAUAGAAUUGAUGCAUGUGGAGCAGGUGGAGGGUCAACAAACACUGGAAACGGAGAUCCGGGGGAUUGUGUCACUCUUCAAGUUCAUUUAAUGGAGAACAUUGCUCUUCGAAUGAUUGUAGGACAAGUUGGUGAGAGCGCAUGCUUGACUGAACAAGAAGAAGAAUUCCGACCAGCUUCAUGCUCGAAAAUAACUCACAAGGAGCGGCGACACAACGACGGAGGGGCAGGUGGAGGUGGAGCAACUUUAAUUAAAUUUGAAUCCAACCAGUGGAAUGUGGUGGUUGGUGGAGGUGCUGGUGCUGGUGCCUCGUGGACGGAUUAUGGUGAUGAUGAAGAUGAUUUUGAUAGUGUCGGAUACGGUACAUCUGUGGUUCCAAAUGACUACGACGAAAAAUGCAAUGUAACGUGUAAAUCAAUUUCUCAUACUGAGUUUUCGGAGGUUAAUCUGGAGCGUUGUGAGAAUUCUAAAGGUGAUCAGCAGACGAUUUUCGGUGGAUUCGGAGGAGGAGGUAGUUCAUGUGGAAUGUUAGGUGGAAGUGGAGCAGGUUAUCGAGCGGGAAAUCCAUUUGGAAAAGGAAGAGAACGAAGUGGAACAAGCAAUGUGACAGACAACUUUUCAAAAGAUGUGAUGUAUUUUCAAUCUAAUAAAGUGGAAGAGGGUUACAUCAAGAUCCGAUUCUGUAGAAAACAAUGCCCCAAACCAUCCAUAUGUCGGUUUAGAAAAGAUUACUAUGAUGAAGAAUACUGUGGAUGUCCGGAUGGUUCUAAUUUCACAGAUUCUGCAGACUCUUGUGCUUGCCCUUUGGCAUGCCCAGAAUCAUCAACAUGUCAAUAUAGAAACUUCACUUUCGAACCAUUUUGUCUGUGCAAUAAUGGAAAGCUUCUGGAAGACAUGUCGAUCGAUUUAUGUGAAAUAGCGGAGUCUCGCCAUUGGUCGUGGUACUUGAUGUCAAUUGUUGUUUUCGUAGCAGCAUUUCUUUCUCCUUUCUUUGCUUACAACUGGAAGAAAUCGAGGCAGACAUUGAAGAAACAAGAAGUAGCUAUGAGAGAUUUCAUACCACCAGAACCUACAUAUGAUGACAUUUAUUUUGGUCAAACGACUAGGAAAGAAGCUCUGGACAGUCUCGAAACGAUUCCUAGAGAUGCAAUAACAAGAGGAAGAGUUCUCGGGAGAGGAAACUUUGGAGAAGUGUAUUAUGGAGAGUAUAAUGGAAGCAAAGUGGCAGUCAAGAUGAUUUCGAGGACGUUCUCUGCUAGUCAAUCUUCACAAGCUGACUUUUAUAACGAGGCUCUGUGUAUGGGAACUUUCCAAAAUAACAAUAUAGUUCGUCUCAUUGGAAUUGACUUUGAUUCACAACCGUUUAUGAUUGCAAUCGAGUAUAUGGAAGGAGGAGAUUUGUUGUCUUUUGUCAAAGAUUCCCGUCCAAAUCAACAUUCUCUGAACCCAUUACACUUGGCAAUGUCGGAUCUUGUCAAACUUUGCUAUGAUGUGGGGGCUGGUUGUCGAUUCCUUGAAUCUGUUGGCUAUGUUCACAGAGAUAUUGCUGCUAGAAAUAUAUUACUCUCAACAAGAGGGAUGAACAGAGUCGCUAAGAUCGCAGACUUUGGAAUGGCGAAGGCAAUCAGCAAUGGUUCCGAGUACUAUCGAGUUCAUGGAAGAGCAAUGCUACCUAUCAAGUGGACACCGCCUGAAUCAUUUAUCGAUGGUGUCUUCACAACGAAAUCUGACGUUUGGAGUUUUGGUAUUCUCUGUUGGGAAGUGUUUUCUCUUGGAGUUGUCCCAUAUCCCAAUCGGAGAAACGAAGAAGUUAUGCUGAUGUUGACGGAAGGUGGUCGUCUGGAAUAUCCGUAUGGAAUACCUACAAGAGUUUAUCAAAUGAUGCGUGAAUGUUGGAGAACGUCUGCAGACAGUCGACCGACAUUCUCUUCGAUUGUUGAGACAAUUGAGGACAUUCUGAAGGAUCCUGCUUCCGUUGGAAUGGCCUUCCCAAUCCACCCAACUGUUCGUGCAAGUUUUGCUCAUUCUCAAUCAACGCCAGUUUCCGUUGAAACUCCGAUGACAGCAAUGACAGAUGUCUCAUUGAAUAGCACGUUCACAGAUGCAUCUACUGUCAAAAUGACAACAGCUCAGCAGGAUAUGCAGGAUAGAAUCAAUUUUCCUCAACCAGAAUAUCUUUCUCCGAAUAGUAUCGACGAAUCAGUUCAAUUGAUUCCAAGUAGUAAUACGCUAACCGAGCAAACUCCUCCCACUUCGUUGAUUGAUCUCAAUAGACUUGCAGUACAAAACACGGGUCCCGCAUUGCAUCGACCGGAUUCCCUGAACUUCAAUGAUCCCUACAGUAGUGUUCCGUUGCUUGAAAUUCAAACUCGUUGA